AUGGGUACGUUUCGAGUCCGACUCAAUUGUGUUGACCACUACCAAGCUGUUCCGAUUGACGAAUUCGAUCCGCCGGUGCCUCGUGGUUCAACAAGCGGAAAUGCAAAAGAUAGACCCCGAAUCUCGGUCAUUCGUGUGUUUGGCGCGACGGAGACUGGCCAGAAGGUGUUGAUGCAUGUUCACGGAGCCCUUCAAUAUACAUACAUCGAGUACAGUGGGAGCUUGAUUCCGGAGGAUGUCGACGUGGCUAUUCGCACUCUCCAACUUUCCAUCGAUCAUGCUCUAGCAAGAAGCUAUCGCAAGGACUUCUACGAUGGGAAACAUCCAUAUGUUGCCCACAUCUCCUUGGUCAAGGGUGUCCCAUUCUACGGCUUCCAUGUUGGAUACAGAUAUUAUCUCAAGAUCUAUUUGCUCAAUCCGUCGCACAUGACAAGGCUAGCGGACCUUUUGCGUGAAGGUGCUGUCAUGAAGAGGAUGUUGCAGCCUUAUGAAAGUCAUAUGCAAUAUCUGGCACAAUGGAUGUGCGACUACAACCUUUAUGGCUGUGGCUAUAUCGAUUGCGAGAAGGUCAAAUUUCGUGGGCCGGUCCCAAAAUACUUGGAAAUGACCAAUGCCAGGCAUCAAUGGCACGAUCACUCAAUUCCGUCCGAAUACAUAUCCGAUGGCGCUUCGCGCCCAAAGCAGAGCCAUUGUGCCCUCGAGGUGGACGUGCAUGUCAAAGAUAUUUUGAAUAGGAGGAAUGUUGAAGCCCGCCCGCUUCACCACGAUUUCAUUGAGCGCAUCCAUCCAAUCCCCGCCGAUGCAAAAUUGUUGCAGAGUAUGGCAGGCCUCUGGAGGGAUGAGACCCGACGAAGGAAGGUUAGAAUGGGCCUCGAGGAUUCCAACAGCAGCCCAUUUCCACCUGAAGUCCUGGUAUCGAUGUCAGCGGACCCGAGGAAUACUUCUGCUGGCGGCUGGAUCCACGAAGAAGAGUAUCGCGAGAAAGUGGCCCAAGUCGCGGCUGAAGAGCGUGAAAAAAGUGGCGAUCGUGAGGUCUCUUUUGACACGUUUGUGAAACCGGCAUCAUUGGAGGGGAGCGUACAGACCGCGUUGGAGAGCGUUGAAGAUUUGUAUCCACACAAGAUACAAGAGCAGCAAUUCUCAAACGGACGGGGCGGGCCCCCUAUAAACGAGAAUAGCCUAAACACCGAUGAGCGAGUUCUCAUUGACGAGUCAGAGGAAACACAUCCUUCGGACGAUGGAAGUGGUGAUCGCGCAGGAAGCAUGGACGGCAUUGGCAAUGAGAUGGCCACUGGUACGGAUGGGCUGGUAUCGACGCCUAUGAGCUCGUCAGAGUAUGAGAAAUAUGGUAUUCGCUUCGUAGGAGAUCCGGGAAAUCCAGACGAAGAUAUCUUUGAUGUCCCAGAGGAAUAUCUGAACCAUAGCCCUGUCGAGCCUAAUGAUUCCCAAAAACGAAGACUUGCGACCGCACCGGCCUUCCCGACAAGCAAGAGACGCCGACAGCUGGUCAAUGAUGGUCCAGACAAAGAUAUCUUCGAUGCUGCAGAAGAAUAUCCCAGUCGUAGCACCGGCCAGCCCACUGAUGUCAGAAGACAAUGUUUUGCGCCAGCUUUCCAGCAUAAAAAGAGGUCCAGGCUGCUCGUCAACGAGGAAAAUCUUCUACCCGACCUUAGUUUGUCUGGAUCUGACGAUGACCCGGAUUUCCCACCUGACUUCCAUGACAUCGAACCAUUAGCAGGCCCGACGACGAAGAAGGAUCGAAAUAUUGAAUUGUCUCAAAGCAACCACCAUGAAGGUUUCCCGUCAGAUGGUCAACAGUCCGAGUACGAGGACGCGUCAGAAGGUCGGAAUCCAUCCAAUCUGUCUCGGCAGUCAACAUUGUCAUUUCCUACGGUCAAAAAUCCCAAUGAUCCGACCACGAUUACUAGGUUGAGCCAAAAAAGCGGUGCAUCUCAGAAUUCAUCGCAGACAACCGCUGCCAGAUCCGCAAUCUCUCCUGCAGCGCUCAAAACUCCAGCAAAGAGCAUGUCGACGGGUUCACAGCAGACGCUGACGGCCCCAACCACGAGUGGCAGCAGUAAGUCGUCGAAGUCUUCGCGGCUCGUCAUCAACGGGCUGUCGGCCUCACAAGGAGACCGUCAUUUGCAGGUAUAUCAGGUCCGUGCGCCGAGCUUCAAAGAGAUUGGAACGACUUUGUGGCAGCACGGUCUUCCGGAUGUCAUUUAUCAAGAAGCAUUUUACAGCAACGAGGAAGAUGUGCCUGAGCAGGCAAGAGAGUAUGCAGGUCGUCAGUUCAGGCUUGAAAGUGUAACGGUUCCAUAUCUCCCCGAGUUUGACCCUGCCGGUACCUCUCCAGCAGUCUUUGGACGGAGGCCAGCCUUGCUCCUUGAUUUCGCCGCGGAGCGAGUUCGAGAUAAUCAGAGACGAAAACGAUGUAAGAUUUCCGAAUGGGUCAUUGCUGAACCGCCACCUCGCCGGAUCGAUGUUCUCGCUUGGUUAGAAGACGAGCGCAGAGCCCAGGACGAAGAGACUGUUUCCACCGGCCCGGUCGGAUUGCGGAAAGAGGAUCUGUCUCAGAUUGAUGGACCGACACAGAAGAAUCGACAUGGUUUCAAAUAUUCGCAGAAGGCGAUCAGUACGAGCGUCCAACACGAGACGCAAUAUAUGAGUAUGAUGAGCCUCGAGGUACAUGUCAAUACCCGAGGAUCGCUUGCCCCAAACCCUCACGAAGAUCCCAUUGCUUGUGUCUUUUGGUGCCUGCAAACUGAUGAUGAAGAGCUGGAAACGAACGGAAGCAAGGAUGGUCUCCGGGUGGGAAUCAUUGCUGUUGCCGACGAGCCUCAUAUCGCCAAAAGGAUAGGUCGCAACGUCCCUUUUGACGUUGAAGAAGAAUCGACUGAACUUGAUCUCCUCACGCGGCUCGUCGAUAUUGUCCGGCUAUACGAUCCAGACAUCUUAACAGGGUAUGAAGUUCACAACAGCUCGUGGGGAUAUUUGAUCGAACGGGCGCGCGUUACAUAUGAUCUCAAUUAUUGUGAUGAACUGUCGAGAAUGAAGUCGCAGUCCCAUGGUCGAUUUGGGAAACAAGAUGACAAAUGGGGAUUUAAUCAUACGUCGACGAUCCGAGUCACCGGUCGACAUACCAUCAACAUCUGGAGAGCCAUGCGAGGUGAAUUAAAUCUGCUUCAAUACACCAUGGAAAAUGUGGUCUAUCAUCUGCUUCAUCGGAGAAUACCACACUACAGUUUUCCUGAUCUGACCAAAUGGUACAAGAGCAAGAAUCCUCGAGAUAUGGGAAAAGUCAUGGAAUACUUCACUUCUCGAGUUCAAAUUGACAUCCAGAUCCUUGAAGCGAACGAACUGGUGCCCAGGACAAGUGAACAAGCCCGUUUGUUGGGGGUUGACUGGUAUUCCGUUAUUUCGCGAGGCUCUCAAUUCAAGGUCGAGUCCCUGAUGUUCCGGAUCGCAAAACCAGAGAACUUCAUAUUGGUGUCGCCCAGUCGAAGACAGGUUGGUGGACAGAAUGCAUUAGAAUGCCUGCCACUCGUGAUGGAGCCUCAGAGCGACUUCUACACCAGUCCAUUGUUGGUGCUGGAUUUUCAGUCGCUCUAUCCGAGCGUGAUGAUUGCUUACAACUAUUGUUAUUCGACCUUCCUGGGUCGCGUGGUGAGCUGGCGUGGCACCAACAAAAUGGGCUUUACCGAUUAUCGGCGCGAGCCGAGGCUCAUCGAACUUUUGAAGGACGACAUCAACAUCGCGCCAAACGGAAUCAUGUACGCAAAGACCGAGAUCCGCAAGUCUUUACUCGCCAAAAUGCUGAGCGAGAUCCUGGAAACCCGAGUGAUGGUCAAAAGUGGUAUGAAGAUGGACAAAGAUGACAAAACCCUGCAAAGGCUGUUGAAUAACAGACAACUGGCUCUCAAGCUGAUCGCAAAUGUCACUUAUGGCUAUACCUCGGCGUCGUUCUCGGGACGGAUGCCUUGUUCCGAGAUCGCGGAUAGUAUUGUUCAAACGGGGCGAGAGACCUUGGAAAAGGCCAUUGCACUGAUUCACUCGGUUGAGCGCUGGGGCGCCGAAGUGGUUUACGGCGACACCGACAGUCUCUUCGUCUAUUUGAAAGGUCGAACGCGCGAACAAGCGUUCGACAUUGGGGAGGACAUUGCAGAGACCAUCACCAAGAUGAAUCCCCGGCCGAUCAAACUCAAGUUUGAAAAGGUCUACCACCCGUGUGUCUUGCUUGCCAAGAAACGAUAUGUGGGCUUCAAGUACGAGAGCAGAAAUCAAACCGAGCCCGACUUUGAUGCCAAAGGCAUCGAGACCAUUCGUCGAGAUGGCACUCCUGCCGUGCAGAAGAUUGAAGAAACCGCAUUGAAGGUGCUCUUUCGUACCUCGGACCUAAGUCAGGUCAAGAGUUUCUUUCAGGCGCAAUGUGCCAAGAUCAUGCGUGGAAAGGUGUCGAUUCAAGAUUUCUGUUUUGCAAGAGAAGUCAGGCUUGGGACCUACCGCGAAAAGGGGCCCCUGCCUCCAGGGGCACUCAUUAGCACGCGACGAAUGUUGGAAGACCCUAGGCUGGAACCCCAGUACGGAGAACGAGUUCCCUAUGUGGUCGUAACAGGCGCACCGGGCGCGAGACUGAUUGAUCGAUGUGUGGCGCCCGAUGUGCUCCUCCAUGAUGCUCAUUCAGAGUUGGAUGCGGAAUAUUACAUCUCGAAGAACAUCAUCCCGCCGCUCGAGCGAAUCUUCAAUUUGGUCGGAGCCAACGUCCGUCAAUGGUAUGAUGAAAUGCCAAAAUACCAGCGGAUCAGACGGGUUGAAGCCGGGCUCGGCACCGAAGGGAAAGAGCCGGCACUCUCGAAGAAGACCUUGGAGUCGUACAUGAAAUCCUCGACGUGCUUGGUGUGCCGAGAAUGCCUUGAUGGCGAGUCACCAUUGUGCCAAAGCUGUUUCCACCAAUCUGCACGAAGCAUGCUUGAACUGCGGUCGCGGCUCUUGAAAGCCGAGCGUAAAGUGGCACAAUUGGCCAAGGUCUGCCGUUCGUGCUCUGGAUUGGGCUGGAAUGAGGAAAUCCGAUGUGACAGCAAAGACUGUCCGGUAUUCUAUUCUCGAACUCGGCAUACCGCUGCCCUUGCGAAUGAAAAAGCGCAGAUAUUGCCCGUAUUAGAGAGCUUGGAGAGAUAUGAUGAGGGAGCAAUGGAUUGGUAG